CAGAGCCAACCUCUUAUCAGGUCGCCCACAGGAUAUUCCCUACGCUGCACACAAUCGCCAUCUUCAACAGCGCAUCACCACCUACACUUGUCGAGGCAUUAUAGGCUGGGACUUGCCCCUGCUUCCUGGCCACCAAAAAUCCUCGGGCUGAGCCCAAUUCGUCCCCCGAAAAGCGAUUGCCUCGAUUAGAACGGCGCAUAGUUCGAACAACCACUUUCUCCGCGACCCUUUCGGUCGCCAACUCCGCCAGCCAUGGCCGCAAAGCUCGACCUGGAGCGGCUGACUCAGGUCUUCCGGUCUCGUCCAGACAUCCUCGAGGGCAUCCGGCACGCUGCCGAUUCCGAUGUGCGGAUCCAGCUCUUCAACGACAUUGCCAGCUUCAUACACGACCAGGCAACCUCUGCCUCGUCCACAGCAGGCUCAGAGCCCUCGCUCAAGCGGCGGCGCGUCGACAUUGAGCCGACGAAGAAUGGCAGCGCCUCGGAGGUCCCUUCAGCGCAGGAUGUGGCCGCGGAAAGCACACUGCUUGAGGUCAAGGAUAUAUCAGUGUCCAUACCGCAGCGCAAGAAGCUUGACUUGUGUUUCACAAAGCAGCACAUCUAUGCCAGGGCGACAGGCACCACGAUACCCGUGACAGGGGCUAUAUUUGCGUGGAAGAACAUAGAAUAUGCGUUCUACCUGCCAGUGCCGGAAAAGGCCCAGAUACAACACAACUACAUCCUUUUCCCACGAAACUCGUACUUUUCUACGAAAAACAGCCCUGCGCCCGAAGACCCGCUGGUGUUCACGAUCCCUGCGGGUGCCCCCAAACCAGGAGCCAUAGGCGGCCCGAACGCGGCAGCAGCGGCCUCUGUGUCAGACACAUACACCACGCUCUUCCACUGGGCAAUCAACAAAUGCCUGCAAGCAGCGGGGCACAAUGUGCAAAUUGUCGCGGCGGACCCGGCCAAGUUCCACAGCAUGAUAAAGCAGCCACACCGGCCGAAAGAGCAAGCCGUGCACGUCAAAGCGUUCCGAGGCUCCAAGGACGGCUACCUGUUCUUCCUGGAGAACGGUAUUCUUUGGGGCUUCAAGAAGCCGCUUAUGUUUAUUCCGCUGGACCGCAUUGCGUCCGUAAGCUACACCAGUGUCCUGCAGAGGACAUUCAACAUGGUUGUGGAGAUAUUCACGGGCGAGAAAGUGGACGGCGAGGAGGAGACGGAGGAGAUUGAGUUUUCCAUGCUGGACCAGGAAGACUAUGGCGGUAUCAACGGAGACUAUAUUGCACGCCACGGUCUGCAAGACCGCAGCAUGGCGGACCAGCGGAAGGCCAAGAGAGAGCUGAUUGAGAACUCCAAGGGCAAGAAGGGAGAAGAAGGCGCGAACGGAGCGAACGGCGAGGAGGCUGCUGGCGAGGACGACGGCCUGACAGAGCUGGAGCGGGCACAGAAAGAGGCGGAGCAGCAGCUCCAAGAUGACGAGGAUGAAGACGAGGAAGACUACGAUCCGGGCAGUGACGGUGACAGCGAUGGCUCAGGAUCGAGCUCGGAAGAGGACGACGAUGAUGAUGCGAACGGUGAAGCAGCUACGGAUGACGAUGAGGAGGACGAUGAUGAAGAAAUGGGUGAUGGUAAGGAAUGAGGCACGAUGCGAUGCACUAGGCUUUGAGGAGUCAUUACGCCCAGCAGGAAGCAUGAGUCAAUGCAAAACGCUCGAAGGACAGCCUACUUUAAGUACAUCAAGCUUUCCCAAGUCGUACCGGGACAUGAACGACAAAACAAGGCUACAUUGAAGCAGCUUCCGAGUUCAUAUCGUCUGCACCACGUGAGGAUCUAAUCUAUGUGUGCCUGCAUGCCAAGGAGAAGCACCAUACUUGCCAUGGAGAUACUUCAAGGGCAGUCGGUGGUAGGAGGACAGUGAUGGCAACGGAGAUAGGUAUUUGGAGGCGUCACAAG